AUGCUGGUUGCCGACAUCAUCGAUCAGUAUUGCAGUACCCAAGAUCAUGACUUGAGGUACAUGGCCCUACGAGAGCAUGUGUUGAACAUUCAGACACCUUGGAAUGAACAGGAUCUACUAAACCUGGUAUCACGUGCACUGAUGCCAGCGCUUUAUGAUCAAGACAGAAACAUAUCAGAGCUUGUUUCAACCCAAAUUUUCCCACACAUUGCUCUGAUUAAUGAAUCACAGAUGGAGCUCUCAGUGAUACUUCCACUUUGUCGGGAAUUGCAGAAUCCAGAGAUAAACACGCAAGACAAUUCACAAGUUCUGCAGUCGUUGAAAAAUAUACUGGCAAAUUCGAACGUUCCUUUACACAUCACAGAGCCUCUUCAAAUAUACACAGCUGCCAUGUUGUCAAUGAGAGAUCGAUCAUACAUAGCGUGGGAAACUUUUACGAUGCUUCUACAACAUUCAAUAGACAACCACGUGAUCGAAUCAAUAUUUCCACAGCUAUACCGCCUGUCGCUGGAGGAUGGCCGCAAUGCUGCUUUUAAGUCGGUUCGAGCUGCAACCUCAAAGCUGUCACCCAGAGCCAUGGGCAUAACCGUUCUUCAGUAUUCAAAUCUGACAGAUGGUCAUCUUAAACUGUUGGCUGCAAUAACAGAGGAAGCCUCAUGUUUCCGAACAGUGUACAUGGUACUAAUCGACAAGCUCUUGGAGCUACCAUUCACUACUGAGGUGGUAACUAUUUUGCAGAAUCUUUCUAUAUGGCUACUACCACCUGCUAGGGAUACCUCGAGUGCAGCGAAUUUCAACUUAAGCGCCAAACUCUACGCCAAAUGCCAUGGCAUCUUGAAAGAUUUCAUUGAUGACCAAGAGAUGAUUUCAGACAUUGAGGACACGGAGCAGGUGGAUUACUUGAGACAGUUAUCGGAUGAAGAAAGUGGAGACGAAAUCGGUCUCGAAGAGGACGACGACUUCACUAUCACACUUCGGCAAUGUAUAAGAUUUUUAGGGAACAUUCGCUUGCAGGUUCCUGCAAUGAUCACUGACGCUCUUAAUGGCUCCAGAUAUGGGGCGGAGGCCCUCCUGUCAAUACUUCAAGAUGGAAGAAUUGAGGAUCACAACAACACUAUUUUAGAAAUGUUGCGACAGGCAAAUGAAGAGAUUUUGAGAAAGGUUCCCCUAAAAUACCUAAGGAGUCUCCAGAACGCAGGGCUCGAAUGUUUCAGUGCAGAGUACGUCUUUGGGCGCUCUCUCAUACCCUCUGAUUCAACGUUGACUGAUGCAGUGAGAAUUCUGAGAGAAGCCAGGCAAAUCAAUGUAUCAACCCGCUGCAUACUAGAGGACUUGCUCCGCACAAAACUAGCCAUCGACGCCGCAGAUUUAACUCGCUUAGAGCUGGACAUCGAUGCUCUCUCGGAGUUAUUAAAGUUUGAAGAUUUACAUGACACUCAAGAUCUAAUUGGGGAGCUUUUGUUGCCACAUUUGAAACCCAACAAGAACUUUUCUAGGACGAUUAAAGUUGGGAACAUGAAGCAGGCAAUCGACGAUGGUGUUGCCCUCAGAUUGAGCUGUUAUGCUCUACUACAACAAUUGCCAGUUUCUUACAACUGCGUGUGCUUGAUAUUGGAAGAAUGCGUAGAAAAGGGAUUCAAGGAUGAAGCCUCCAUUAAGGAGGCGGCUACGCUCCUCUUUAUCGACAAGAUUGAACGUGUGUGGCCAGAUCUUCGAGUUCGUGACGCCAUUUGGUUCCUUGAAAAACUAUGUCCAAGAAUACAAGACCGGCUAGACAAGUGCAUCGCUGCUCAGCCAAAUGCUUCCGCAACUUCCCAGCAGAUAGACGAUUGGACAAGAGGGUUGAAUAGUUUGGAGAGGACGACUUUAUUGUUGAACUCGAAGUGUGCGGUCAUAACCAACGACCUUCGCUAG